GAUAGAGGGAGGGUGGGGCGCGUUGCUUCGGUUGGUGCGUGCCGCUGUUGAGGUGACUGCGUCGCUGCGAGAGGGCUGUUGAGGAGAGCGGCAGCCCGGGCGUUCGGUCAUGGCGGGUAGUGAUACCGAACGAGAUGGAGUAGUCCCAGAAAAGUCCUCUCCAGAAGGGGAGAAGAAAAAGGAACAAUCAGAUGCUUCCAGUUCUCCCAGAACAUCAAAGCAUCACUAUUCAAGAUCGCGUUCACGGUCAAGGGAAAGAAGGCGGAAGUCAGAUGCUGAAGGAAGAAAACACAGAAGCCGGAGCAGAAGCAAAGAGGCAAGAAGACAUGAAUCCAAAGAGAAGUCCUCCAAGAAGCACAAAUCUGAAGACCACAAUGACAAAGAACAUUCUUCUGACAAGGGAAGAGAGAGCCUAAACUCAUCCGAAAAUGGUGAGGAUAGACAUAAACGCAAAGAGAGAAAGUCAUCAAGAGGAAGGAGUCAUUCAAGAUCCAGGUCUCGCGAAAGACGCCAUCGCAGUAGAAGUCGUGAUAGGAAAAAAUCCCGAUCUCGCAGCAGAGAGAGAAAGCGCCGUGUGAGAUCUCGUUCUAGAUCAAGAUCUAGGCACAGACACAGAAGCAGAAGUAGAAGCAGAACUAGGAGCAGAAGCAGAGAACGAAAGAAAAGAAUUGAAAAGCCCCGCAGAUUCAGCAGGAGUCAUAGCCGGAGUCCAAGUCCACCACCUUUUCGAGGUCGAAAUACAGCUAUGGAUGCACAAGAAGCAUUAGCCAGAAGGUUGGAAAGAGCAAAGAAAUUGCAAGAACAGAGAGAGAAAGAAAUGGUUGAAAAACAGAAGCAACAGGAAAUGGCUGCAGCAGCUGCAGCCACUGGAGGUUCUGUUAUUAAUGUUGCCGCUCUUCUGGCAUCGGGAACACAAGUAACUCCUCAAAUAGCAAUGGCAGCUCAAAUGGCAGCACUACAAGCAAAAGCACUAGCAGAGACUGGAAUAGCUGUACCUAGCUAUUACAACCCAGCAGCAGUGAAUCCAAUGAAAUUUGCUGAGCAAGAGAAAAAACGAAAGAUGCUUUGGCAAGGCAAAAAGGAAGGGGAUAAAUCACAGUCUGCAGAAAUAUGGGAAAAAUUAAAUUUUGGAAACAAGGACCAAAAUGUCAAAUUCAGAAAACUGAUGGGCAUUAAGAGUGAGGAUGAAGCUGGCUGUAGUUCAGUUGAUGAAGAGAGCUACAAAACGCUGAAACAACAGGAAGAGGUUUUCAGAAAUCUAGAUGCACAGUAUGAAAUGGCAAGAUCACAGACGCAUACACAGAGAGGAAUGGGGUUGGGGUUUACAUCUUCAAUGCGAGGAAUGGAUGCGGUUUGAAUACAAACAACUUUAAAGUUUGGGACUUUGGAAGGUUCUUGUUCAAAUGUUGGGUCCUUGUUCACCAAAAAGCUAGCAUUCUAGCUUGCAUGGGUGUUGCAUUGACUUUAAUUUAUUGAUAAAUACAAUUUUUUUUGUAAAUAUCAGAUCAGUGAUACUGGUGUUAGUGUUGUAAUCAGGUUAUACCCACUUCCAUUAAACUUGACAGAACUAUAGAAGGACAGUAUUUUUUAGUUAAAGUUCUACUUUUCAAACCAAGCAGCAGAUGGGAUGAACUCAUACAUGGAUAUUUGGUGUCCACUGUCUUGUGUACUUUUGUACUUUAACCUUGUACAGUUAUUUUCGAUUCUUGAAACAUGAAAGAAACAUUGUGUAGAUGUUAUUUAGCAGUCUGGGCCACUAGGCACAUAAUCCAGCACAAAAACCUGGUUAAUAAUAAAGAAGUUUUUUCUCUAAGGUCUUACUAUAUGUUAAUCAAGUUGUCUUUAGGGCAGAACUCAGAGGAAACUCAGGAAGGGCUCAGAGGAAGUCAGAAAUAGAGCAUUUGUUUUGCUUUGCCUAUUUGGAAGUACAGUUUUCCUAAAAUAAGGAAUUUGCUGAGGAAUACUGAACUCAUGCCUCCCUUUGUGAGUUGGGCUAAUUUUUUUUCCACUAUUCAGAGUUCUUGAAGUGCUGGCAAGUGUUAGGUUUCUUUUUUAUGGAAUGUAUUAAAAAAGAAAAGAAAAAAACCUAAACUGCUUUAAUGUUA